CGCAAGCAGGUUCCAGUCCCUGUGGCUCCCAUUCCCGCUCCCAGGAGCCCGCCCAGCCUCAGGAACUGCCCCCAGCCCUCCAGCCUUGGCUAUUUAAGGGACUUGGAUCCACCCCACAGCUGGGACAGUCCCGGCGCCCUGCACUGGGGAUCUAGGAUGGGGGCCUUGGCCGGGGCACUGCCGUCCAUUCUGCUGGCAUUGCUGCUCAGGUCCACCCCAGAGGCUCUGGGUGCCAACCCCGGCCUGGUCGCCAGGAUCACCGACAAGGGCCUGGAAUAUGCGGCCCAGCAGGGGCUAUUGGCUCUGCAGAGUGAGCUGCUCAGGAUCACGCUGCCAGACUUCACCGGGGACUUCAGGAUACCCCACGUCGGCCGUGGACACUAUGAGUUCCACAGGUUGAACAUCCACAGCUGUGACCUGCUUCGCUCUGCGAUGAGGCCCGUCCCUGGCCAGGGCCUGAGUCUCAGCAUCUCCGACUCCUCUAUCAGGGUCCAGGGCAGGUGGAAGGUGCGCAAGUCAUUCUUGAAACUGCAAGGCUCCUUUGAUGUGAGUGUCAAGGGCAUCAGCAUUUCCGCCAACCUCCUAUUGGGCAGCGAGUCCUCAGGGAGGCCCACAGUUACCGCCUCCAGAUGCAGCAGCGACAUCGGCGACGUGGAGGUGGACAUGUCGGGAGACUUGGGGUGGCUGCUGAAUCUCUUCCACAACCAGAUCGAGUCCAAGUUCCAGAAGGUAUUGGAGAGCAAGAUCUGUGAAAUGAUCCAGAAAUCAGUGUCCUCCAAUCUACAGCCUUAUCUCCAAACUCUGCCAGUUACAAAAGAGAUUGACAGUUUCGCCGGCAUUGAUUACAGCUUAGUGGAAGCCCCUCGAGCGACAGCCCAGAUGCUGGAGGUGAUGUUUAAGGGUGAAAUCUUCCAUCGCAACCACCGUUCCCCAGUUGCCCUCCUUGCUCCCAUCAUGAGCCUUCCUGAGGAACACGACAAAAUGGUCUACUUCGCCGUCUCAGAUUAUGUCUUCAACACAGCCAGCCUGGUUUACCACCAGGAAGGGCAUCUGAACUUCUCCAUCACAGAUGACAUGAUACCGCCCGACUCUGAUAUCCGACUGACCACCAAGUCCUUCCGACCCUUCGUCCCACGGUUAGCCAGGCUCUACCCCAACAUGAACUUGGAGCUCCAGGGAUCAGUGACCUCUGCCCCGCUCCUGAAUUUCAGCCCUGGGAAUCUGUCUGUGGAGCCCUAUAUGGAGAUAGACGCCUUUGUACUCCCGCCCAGCUCCAGCAAGGAGCUUGUCUUCCGGCUCAGUGUGGCCACUAAUGUGUCCGCCAUCUUGACCUUCAACACCAGCAAGAUCACUGGGUUCCUGAAGCCAGGAAAGUUAAAAGUGGAACUGAAAGAAUCCAAAGCUGGAGUAUUCAAUAGCCACCCCGCCCCAGGGUGGCCUCGUGGCGAUGUGCAGUGUGCCUCUCCUGCUCUCCUCCAGGCAGAGCUGUUGGAAGCGAUCCUCAACUACUACAUCCUCAACAACCUCUACCCCAGGUUCAACGAUAAGUUGGCCGAAGGCUUCCACCUCCCCCUGCUGAAGCAGGUUCAGCUCUACGACCUUGGGCUCCAGAUCCAUAAGGACUUCCUGUUCUUGGGUGCCAACGUCCAGUACAUGAGAGAUUGAGGACAAGAAAGAUGAAGCUUGGAGGCCACAGCUGGGUCUGCAUGUUGCAUUUCCAGCUGUGCAGCACGUCUCAGAGAUUCUUGAAAAAGGAAGACAUUUCUGUUCUCAGCUCUGGGGGUGAAGUCUGCCUGGCCUCCACCUCCACCCUCCCCAUCUUCACCAGAUGCAUGCGUGCUCUCUCUGGACUUUGCUUUCCCUUCCAGGAGGGACCACCCUCCCCACCGACCUUGGAUAUCUUUACAAGCAGGCACUGUAUUUUUUAUUUGCCAUCUGAUCUCCAUGCCUAGCAAAGUGCUGGCACUUAGUAGGUCCUCAAUAAAUAUUUAUUAAAUGAUGAGA